GUCAGGAUGGAGGAAACAUCUCUACUGUGGCUCCUCUUUCUGAUCUCACUGCUGAGCUGCACAACAAACCAAGCCUCUCUGACUGUGAGUCCCAGCAGCUCUCAGCUGUUUAGAGGUGUGUCUGUCUCUCUGAGCUGUGAGGAGGACGACAGCUCUGCUGGAUGGACUCUGAGGAGGAACACAAGUGAUAAAACUGUGACUCAGUGUGGAGAUGACUGGGGAAGACCUGCUGGUUCUUCCUGUAAUAUCAGCUUUAUGCUUACACGACACAGUGGAGUUUACUGGUGUGAGUCCAGAGAGGGAGCAACCAGUAACAGCAUCACCAUCACUGUCACUGGUGGACCAGUGAUCCUGCAGAGUCCUGUCCUCCCUGUGAUGGAGGGAGAAGACCUCACUCUGACCUGUAAAACAGAGACGUCCUCCAACCUCCCAGCUGGUUUCUAUAAAGAUGGCUCCUUCAUCAGGACUGAGCCUGCAGGUCACAUGACCAUCCACCAUGUUUCCAGGUCUGAUGAAGGCCUCUACCAGUGCAACAUCAGCAGUGUUGGAGAGUCUCCACCCAGCUGGGUCUCUGUCACAGGUGAGGAGCUUACCUUUGAUUUCAGGAGUUCAUUCAUCCAGAUAUUCACCUGACAGCUGGGAUUUUCUCUACAGGGACACCUACUUCUGCAGCUCCGCCCCCGGCCUCAGACCCUUUCCAUAUUGUGUUCAGACUGGUCUGCCACCUGUUGGUGUUCUGUCCGUACUGCAUCUCCACUUUCAUCAUGGUGUCUUUAUAUCGAGACAAAGCCGCAGGUGCACUCUGAAAUAUCCAUCUAUCUAGCUAUCUAUAUAUCUAUCUAUCUCUUUUUUAGGUCUUAAUUG